GUAGAGAGACAUUCGUAACGCCGCCGAGUUCGUUUUUUCAUCAUAGCUUUAAACGCCAUUGGAAUAAAACCAUCCAUUGAAUACUAUUAUUAGGGUUGACUUGUUAUGUGUGUAUGAUUGUUGAAGGAAGAAGAAUGAAACAAAGAACAAGAGGAGAAGAAGAAGAAGAAAGUGGUUUUGUUGUUUUUUAUGUGGGGGAAGUUGGGAGGUUUAUGGUUUGGGUAGUGGUUUUGUUGAUCACACACACUCACACACAGCUGCCAUCAAUUUCUGGCGUCUAUCUUUCUUUUCCUUAUAUAUAUUUCUAUUAUCCAGUCUACUUCAACAGCCAUGACGUGGAGGUUCUCAAGCGUACCACCGGCUUUCCCAUGCUUACCAAGGAUAAGCUACGCGAAAGAAAUGUUUUCGAUACGCUAAGAGACGAUUUUGUGGCUUGUUUCGGGCAAUGGAACUUCGAACCAGCGGAUCUAAACAUCACUGAAGAAAGCUCUGUCCACAUCUGGCAUGGGAAGGAAGACAAAGUCGUCCCGUUUCAACUUCAAAGAUGCAUUCUCCAGAAGCAGCCUUUGAUCAACUACCACGAGAUCCCUCAAGGCGGACAUCUCAUCGUCCACUACGACGGCACUUGCGACGCGAUUCUACGCUCUCUAUUGCUCGGUGAAGAACACAAAAUGUACAAACCAGUUCUUGAUUCUUGAUUCAAAAGUGUGACAAUGACAUUUACAUUAAUGUAUAUAAACUGUGUGUU